GUAUGGGAGAUAACUCUGGCAGAAGUAGAAUUAACGAAAACAAAAUCCCAUCGGUUUUUAAAACGAGGCAUUUUUCACAAAAGUACUUAAGAACUGCGAUGGAGACGAUGGCAAAUAGCCUUAAAAAUUCCCCCAAAGGACAAUUAAUAUAUAAAAGAACUACAGAUGUUAAGCGAUUACUGGUUGAUGUACAGAACUGCACAGUUCCUUCACUUGGUGUUAAAAAACAAAAUUCACCACCACCUUCAUCAUUUCAGCAAGAAGAAUAUGAAGAGCAAACACAAAGCAACAAGUCCUUUAGUCACGUCCUUCCCGUGAAUGAGGAGAGGGAGAAAAAUGUCAGAAACAAAACCAAUGUUAAGGAAAAACAGUCCUCUCCCAGAACCCCAGAAUAUUUACGGACAAAGCUCAUCAUAGAAGAGUAUAAAGACAUAUGUGAAAACCAAAGUAAGGUACUGAAAAAGAAGAAGACUUCAGAAUUUCAUAGGAAUGAUAAAUAUAUAAAUCUAGUAGUGAAUGAAAAUCUUGAGAAUCUCAGGAAGAAGGAAGAAGAUUCUAAAGUUAGUCAGUGGGAAAAGUUACAUGAUUUAUUCAAACAAAGUGAUGAGGAAAUUUUCAAGAAUCAAAAACAGAGAUCAGAACAACAUACACAUCACUAUGAGAAUAUCGUUCAAAAGCUACAGGAAACCAAAAGAAAGCAACAAGAAGAAGCUGCUCAGAAAGACAGAGAACAAAAGUUGGAACAGUUGAGAGAGGAGCUACAAAAGUCACAAUUACAGAGCGAAGUGUUUUCAUCAAUGUUAAAGGAAUGUCAGUACAAGAAACAUUUUGCAAACAUUGACAAAUAUGAGACUGCUGUGACCAACCUGAACACAAUGGCUAACGAUCUCCUUACACAUGCAGAAAGCUCAGGAAAUGUUACUGCCGAAGAUUUUGUUAAGGCAGCCAACAUAUUUGAGGAACUACAAAACGUUAACAAAAUUGUAAAACUGAAUGUUGAAACAGCAAACCAAAAAGGAAAAGAGGAGGAAGAAUCAUUAAAAGCUCAACAACAAGUGACAGUAUCACAUGAAAAAGUAACGAAUGAACAGGUGCCUCCCACAGAACCUUCAGUAAAACCACAAGACUCAGAAGAAAGUGCUAAGGCCAAAGUACUGAAGUUCUUCUCUCAAUGUAUUGAUCCUGCGAUUCUCAAAGAAUAUUUACGCUUAAAGAAUAAACUGAAAGAAGUGGAAGAAACUCUUGAACCAUUCCUAAAAAAUCCUCAGUUAAAAGAAUAUGUGUUUAGUAUUCGUAAAGCAGCCAAUACGCUAAUUAAUGCCAUUUCACCUGUCAGUGGAACCCACUUGAAGGAUAAACUAACCAAAUUAACGAUGCUUGUUCAGGGACAAACAAUUGAGGUUUCCAAUAAGCAUAUUUCUACAAAAGAACAACCCGAAGGAAUCACUUAUGCUAUAUUCUUUAUUGCAAAAAUGAUAGUUAAAAAAGGAGCAGAACAAGUGUCCUCCAGUCAUGAAUCUGCUUUCGCCAUUGCUCUCGUUGCUGUUGGUCUGUGGCAGAAUUUUCCUGAAUUUGGUGAUCUACUAUUGGCUAACUUCUACCUCAGUUGUCCUUACAUAGUACCAUACUACAUACCACAACAGGACGGCCAAAGCACGGAAGAGUACCAUAAAUUACUGGGUUACAAGUAUGAAAGUGGAAGAAUUGAAGAACAAGAAAGAUUUUUGAAAAGAAUGACUGGUAUCAUGCGGUUAUAUGCUGCGAUAAUAGUUUCACCACUGCCUAUUGGAAGUACUAAACCUCACCCUCAUGGAAUUGAAAACAGCUGGAUUUGGAUAACAAGGAUUCUGAAUAUGAAACCUCGACCUGACAUUACAGCUGCAAUGAUCUAUAAUAUCCUCGAAGUCACUGGUCAUUUGCUGUUUCUGUAUUACCAGAAGCCAUUUCAGAAAUUGCUUCAUAUAAUAAUAACUGAAUUCCUUCCCAAAAUCAAUGCUGUUAGUGCUUCUGCUGGAUCGGUGUCGAGACUUGAAACGUUUCUUGAGGCUAACAUAAAAAAUAAAGGCCAAAUAGCUACACCAUAUGGAUAUUUAACCAGUUCCUUCUGGCUUAGCUAACAUAAAUUUAGACAAUUUAGACAAUUUGUACACAUGCCAUUCAUUUUCACUUCUCUCAAACGUUUUAUCUUUUUUUAUAAUUUUAGUCUAAUUCUAAAUACAUGAAAUCUUUUAUUAUUUAUUUAUCAUUUUUUUAUUUGUUUCAAAUAAAGCGUCUUUGCUUCAGUCGUUAUGAAGCACAGGUUUAAUGCUCAAAGGUACUUCGUAAGUUCAGAGUUAACCAGUAACAUGAUUUCAGAAAUGAUUUAAUUUCAAUUUUCAAGUGAAGUCAUUCAUGCAUCUAACUG